GAAAGCUGCCGCCAAAAGAGUUUUCUUGUCUUCAUCAACAUCUUCAUCAACCUCCAAUUUCCAUUUUACGAUACCCCUUGCCCUUAAAUAACCUGCCUUCAGAAAAAUAAGAAGAUAUGGGGGGCAAGUCUGAGAACAAGGCCAACUAUUUCGACAAGCUCAAGGGCUUGCUCGAGGCCUACAACUCCAUCUUCAUCGUUGAGGUUGACAAUGUCAGCUCCCAGCAGAUGCACGAGAUCCGACAGGCUCUCCGAAGCAAGGGUGUUGUCCUCAUGGGCAAGAACACCAUGGUUCGCCGAGCCUUGAAGACCUUCAUCCCCGACUCCCCCGAGUACGAGCGUCUCCUCCCCCACGUCAAGGGCAACGUUGGUUUCGUCUUCACCAACGACGACCUUAAGGAGGUCCGUGACAUCAUCCUCGCCAACAAGGUCGCUGCUCCUGCUCGUGCCGGUGCUCUCGCCCCUGCCGAUGUCUGGGUUCCUGCUGGAAACACUGGUAUGGAGCCUGGAAAGACCUCUUUCUUCCAGGCCCUCGGUGUCCCCACCAAGAUUGCCCGUGGUACCAUUGAAAUCACCACUGAUCUCAAGCUCGUUGAGGCCGGCUCCAAGGUCGGUCCCUCCGAGGCCACCCUGCUCAACAUGCUUAACAUCUCUCCCUUCACCUACGGUAUGGGUAUCUCUCAGGUCUACGACCAGGGCCAGUCUUUCCCUCCCAGCGUUCUCGACGUCGGUGAGGAGCAGCUCCUCAAGACUCUGUCUCAGGCUAUUGCCACCAUUGCCACCAUCUCUCUGGCUCUGAACUUCCCUACCCUGCCUUCGGUUCUCCACUCCGUUGUCAACAGCUACAAGAAGGUUCUUGCUGUUGCCAUCUCCACCGAGAUCACCUGGCCCGAGAUUGAGGAGCUCAAGGACCGCAUUGCCAACCCCGAUGCUUACGCUUCCGCCGCUCCUGCCGCUGCCGCUUCUGGUGGCGCUGCCGCCCCUGCUGAGGCUGAGAAGAAGGAUGAGUCCGAGGAGGAGGACGAGGACGAGGAGGGCUUCGGCGGUCUCUUCGACUAAAUGUAGUCACAUCAACAGGAUGUACGACCGCCUUCCAGGACUUUGGUUGGGUUUACGACUUAUGUAUCUUAAAAAAGGGGCACAUAGAUCGUCUGCUGGACAAUUGAAUCUGUCGCGACGGUUACGAAUCAAAUUCCAGGCCUCAACAUGCGAGUGAAAGCUUUUACCAAACCGACUAAUGCAGCUCUGCUGAUUGAGUGCGAUAUUCAAAAAGGUUAGUCAGACAAACACCAAACUUUCUUUUUUCCUCUUUACAUUUCCGGAUGAUUAUAUAAAUUGUUCAAGAGCUUUUUAACCCUGAAUCUCCUGAUGACACACACAUCACCACCCUAUGACGGACACGUAUCACAAUCAUUUUAUUUUGACAAGUUGUUUUUUGAGAGUAUCAAAGCUAAUGGUCAAAUCAUACAGGUCUCCACGCCCUCGAUUGUUCUCAAGCUUCCAUGGUGUGAUGUCCGUGCAUGUUUCUUAAAUGAAUCCAAUAGCCUAGCUAAACUGUAGGAUAUGAGAAGAAUGGUAAUACCUAACCAUGUGUACCAGGAAAAAACUUGGACUCCUAGUUAAUCUUCCUAUAGCCUAAUAUUAUAUUAUAAUUGGAAGUUUAGAACUCCUAUUACAUUAUCCAGGCACGGAUUAGAGUUUGACGAUAGACCAAUAUCGAUCAAUACUAUCCAUUGCAUUCUCACGCCUUGUAAUUUGUCUUACUUUUCGUUAUCUCAUAAAUUGAUGAGCUUUGGAUGCGAUUGGCUUGCAAGAAGAUAUCAUGAAGUCUUUAAAUCUUUGUUAUUGGCCCUGCCUGCCGCCCCUCACUGCGAGAGGCGCGACUUCACCAUCAAUACCUACCAAAAGUCACCUAUAUGAAGUUAUCUUGUUUCAAGGCACGUUUCGCUACCUCAAUGGCUCGAUCCGGUAGCCCAGCAAGCCUUGCAACUUUCAGUGCGUGGCUUUGUCGGUUAAUACCUCUCUGAAGUUUGUGAUUGUAGAAGAAACCUCCCUCACCAUCCUCGACUACAUUGGUGCAAUAUGUCUGAACAACACCUGCCUCAGCUGGACACAACCCCUCUUCUUGAGCCAAGUCGGCUACAGAGUGGAAGUGUGUCGCAAAAAGGGUGCGGCAUUGGUUGACGGUCGCGAGGUGAUGCAGGCAUGCAAAGGCGACAGCUGUACCGUCCUCUGGCGUGGUACCUCGACCGAUCUCAUCCAUGAUGACGAAAGACCGCGGUGUUGCCUGCUUGAGGAUAGCUGCUGUUUCCAGCAUCUCAACCAUGAAUGUGCUUUGAUCGCGGUAGAGGUUGUCAGCUGAGCCCACUCGGCUAAAGAUAGCAUCCACAAUCCCUAGUUCUGCGUAUGAUGCAGGCACGUAGCAACCGAUCUGGGCCAAGAUCGUGAUGAGAGCAUUCUGGCGUAGAAACGUACUUUUACCGGCCAUGUUGGGACCUGUGAUCAACCAGAUCCGGCCGUCAGUUGGUGAUCCAACCAGACAGUCGUUCCUCACAAAACUUCGACCCUGCUCAAAUAGGCCGCCCUCAACAGUGGGAUGUCUGCCGCCUAUGAUGGUAUGACUAGUCGUAUUGUUCAGCACGGGCCGGACGAGGUUCUGCUCGCGAGCCAACUUAGCGAAGGAGGUUGUGAUGUCAAGUUCAUCGAGGACGGCGGCAUUACGGCGCAGCUUGACAAGAUUUUUGACGACAAGCUCUCGAAGGGAGUAGAACACGGCUUGUUCUUCAGCACGAAUCUGGGCGCGAACUUGGUCCAUACGCUGCCCGAGAAGUGUCCAUUCGGAUAUGUGAAAAGAUCGCGUAGAACGGCUCGAGGACAGAGCUUGUACAUCAGCGAGAUUUCGAGCGUCUUUGCCCUUGAUAUGGGCAAUGUGGCCAAGGCCAGGUGUCCACUUAAGGGAUAAACUUGGAGCAUUGAGGCUUUCGCGGAGGGUCUCGUUGAGUGUCGCUUUCUCUCCUGUCAAAGUCGCGAGAUCAGUGUGAAGCUUUGUCAAGUUUGGGCUCGCAGCAGGUCUCAUGAUCCAAGCUCCAUUCUCUUCGGCGUAAUAAUCCCGAAUACUGACGGGCCGUUUUCGCUUGCCCUUAGGAAGAGAUGCCGCAUCGUCCUGUGAACCUUCGUUGCUAACGACAUUUUCAGCAAGGGCUAACAUCUGGCUGGCCUCGGAGUCUUGGACCUCAUGCUGUAACUCGAUACCUUCUUCAUCAAUUGCAUCUCUGAUGCGCUGGGAAAGUUUCAGGGGCUGCGUGAGACUGAUUCGAGAUAUCAAUGAAGUUAGGCAGUGGUGCUCUGACUUGCGAGAUGCAGCGUUCGCCCUUUUCAAGAGAUUCACGAUAUCCUUGGUCGCAUCGAUAGUACUGGCCAAAUCGAGGAGGUUAUCAGCAUCGCCACGGCCAAGUGUGAACUUCUGAACGAGGCGCUGAGAGUCGUGACUCCUACGCAACAAGAGGAUUACGGAGUCACUCAGGUUUACAUCGUCGAUAAAGCGGGUGACGAGAUCCUGUCUACUAGUGAUGAGCUCAAGAGACGUGGACGGUGCACUCAACCACUCGUUGAGAAGUCGAGCACCGCUUUUAGUAACAGUGCGACGAAUGGCAUGCAGCAAACUACCCCGGAACACACCAUCACGAAUGGUUUGCUUGAUCUCAAGAGCACGCAUGCUAUUUUUAUCGACAGCCAUGACCUGCAUGUCUUUGUUCCUUAGCGGAGGUUGCAACUUCAUACUCAUGCCUUGCAGCCGAUCCUUGACAUAACCAAGAAGGAAGCCGGCAGCGUGUACCUCAGCUGGCGAGAAGGCGGAUGCUUCAUGUUCAGCUAGGGCACACUCCAGCAUGGGCGUCCAGUUUUCCGGAUGAAACAGCGAAGAAUCAUGCGGGCGGGGUGCGUAUGAGAUGAUGUGACGAUCCUCAGCGAGGAGGUCAGAUAGGCCAUUGUCAGGGCAGGACUGCAGUGCCUGGUCUAGGAGAAGCUCGCGCGGGCAUAGUCGGGACAAGAUCGUCGGUAAGGAUGCAAGAUUGGCUUCUUGGGUGCAGAAGUAACCAGUUGAGAGAUCAAGCCAUGCCAGGCCGAGUGGCACGGCGUCUCGGAACCCCUGAGACUGUCCAGCACCUCGGCCAACGCCAACAGCUGAUGGUGCUGGGUGGGCUGAUUCGGGUCCUUGGCCCCCUAGUCCUCCUUCUGAACCUGCCACUCGGCCGAUAACGGCCUUUACAUUAGUGAUGGUAUUUGUGGCUUUGGUGCCUGGGUCUAUAUGAAUCGCCAUCACGUAGUUGUUGGCAUAUGGAUCCAUAAAAUUCUCAUCUAUUAGAGUUCCGGGAGUAAUGAUACGAGCAACUCGACGAUCAUGCAUCAACCCACCUGACCUGACCUUCGCUGUGGGAGAGUUUGGAUACUCCUCAGCGAUCGCGACAUGGCGACCGAGAUCUUGAACGAGAAUUUUGAGGAAACGAUCGAGCUGGAAGAAGGGGAAACCUGCCUAUAAGACGGGUGAUGAUGGUGAGAUAUUGAACCAGAAGAUGAAAAGAUAGCGUCAAGGUAGAGGGUAUUAAUAAACAUACCAUGGGGACAUGACCAGCAUUUGUCUUUUUGUUAGCUACCUUGAUGUUUAACAGGGGCCCGUACUCCUCAGCGUGCUCAAAGUAGAGCUCAUAGAAACCGCCCACUCGCGUCAGCAACACACAGUUAUCAAACUUGAGCAUGUUCUGGCGGGCUUGAAGCAGCACGGUGGGAUACGCGGGAGGAUCUUGGGGUAAUGGCGGCAGCGGGAGCGGCAAAGCCUCUGUCGACUCAUCGUGGGGAGAUGAAACUGACGAUGACGUUGGUAGAGGAGAUACUGGCUUCGGUUGAAUAAGCCCCUGAGGCAAAUCGGAGAGCUUUAUGGUGGUGGUGGUCUUUUUACCCCUGGCUUGGAGAGGACGAUGGGGAGAUGGUGGAUGUUGGAAUGAGCGGAUAGAGAAGCCAUGGUAUAGUGAGUGCUCAAUAUGACAGUGUCCAUGAGAAAUGGCAGAAGCUUUAGGUGAAGGAGCUCCUACUAUUGCUGCAGCAUUAGAAACAACAAAUGUGGCCGCCUUGAGCACGGAGCUAGAAGCUGAAGCUGAAGAAGAGGCAGGCACAGAGAUAGACCUGGAAGUUGAAGUUGAAGCUGAUGGUGAUGCCAAGGGCCGCAGAUGGCGGAUGCCGAACACUGGGGGCACCAUACGGCUGGAACAUGGAGACGGGAUGGGCUGUUGCAGUGGCGGUGGUGUUUAUGCAACGAAUGGAUGUUUGAAGUAUCCAGCAAGCAAGGCUUCAGGCCAAUUCCUGAUUUGAGAACAGCUCAAGAGGGGUCGUUCAUCAACCAACACUCCAGCUUUAAUUAACUAAUGCUUGCUGCGGGGCCCGAGGCUGUCGACAAUAGAAGCAAGAUCUGGCGUGCAAAAUGGUGGCUCUGAACAAGGAAUGGUAUGGUGAUUAAUGGAAGGAUCAUGCAGAACUCAUAUGAUGACAGGAGAAAGAGAAGAGCAUUCCCAUACAACCCCGCUGGUGCGAGAUGCUCGAAACUAAGGUAGGUAAGGUGUAAUAGCGAGGAAAACAGCAGCAUGGGCCAUCAAAAAGUGGCUCCGAGUAUCGUAAAUCAAUUUAUGGAACCAAUGCGAUUUGCUAAUAGGGCACAAGAAUAGAACACAAUCGGUGAGUUACAGCUUGCGCUGGGUAGACAGCAGCUUCAAAUUCUCUGUAGUUUCUGGUUGUUCCAUGUGGGGAACAGCGGAUAUGAGCGUUAUGGGAUAUAUCGGUGAAGAAGAAAAAGGAAAAGAAGAUCCCUACCUAGGUAGGUAAAUCAAAAUCGAUCGCACCGAGCCCAGGAGUGGGAGUCAGUGUAACAGCUUCAUCUGAGAGACCAAAUCUGCAUCGACGAGCAUAGAAACACCACUGCGGACUGUCAUAACUAUCACCUUGUUUAAUGGGACACAAUUGUCAACAAUUUUUAUUACUAGGGUCGGCAACCACAAAAUCUCCUCAUCUUCAGGUAACGAAUGAGGAAAAGAACGUUCGGUAAUAGUAGAACCCCCCCGACUUAUAAUUCCGAUCCUGAUGGAUGAUCCAGGGACUUUAUGACAAGGUACUCCAGAGAUUUUACGGAGAUGGACAGCGCCA